CACAAUUUGGGCAUUUCGGAAGGUCUCUGUUUUUUCCGCACGAUCCGUAGGAAUGGGCAGUGUUAUGAGCUAAAAAUGCCCACCUGGAGGCUAGCUGGUCCCUUUCAGCAACCGAUUCUUCGUGGCGUUCUUCCGCGUACCGCACGGCAACAGCGAUGGACCAACCAGCAACAAAUACGCCACAAUCAAUCGCAAACGCGCCACGCGCUGCUCGAUCUGCGUCGCAAAGCGAUCCCGGUCGAUCGACAGCGCCAGGUGUUGUACGAGUUGGUGGAGAAGUUUGAAAAGCACCCGCAGGAGAAGGCGUUCGCGAUCGAGGAGGGUGCGAUCGAGCUGCUGAAAGAGCUGCGGUACUCGACGGAUCCGGCCAUCACGGAGCACGCGAAGCUGGGUCUGGCGCUGCUCGGCUACGUGCCGCCACUGCCGAGCGACGGUAUCCGGAUCCUGAGCAUCGACGGUGGCGGUAUUCGUGGCAUUAUCGUCAUGGAACUGCUGCGUAAACUGGAGCGACUGACCAAUCGGAGAAUUUUCGAACUUUUCGAUCUGGUUUGCGGUGUGUCGACCGGGGCCAUAUUGGUGUGUGCGUUGGCUUCGGAGAAAAGUCUUACCCUCACCGAGGGUAUCCAUCUGUACAAGAAGCUAGCGUACAACGUAUUUCACCGUCCGUCAACCUUCGACAAACUGGUCGCUUCGCACCGGCUGGUCGCUUCGCACGCAUACUACGACAUCGAGUUGUGGGAGACACUGCUCAAGCGCCACAUCGGGUACCGACGGAUCAUCGACACGGUGAUGCUGCCGAACGUACCGAAGUGCUGUUGCGUAUCGACGACGGUUUGCGAUGAGUACAUUGAUGCGCACGUGUUCCGGAACUACACCUUCCCGCGGAACGUACAGUCCGUGUACGCCGGAUGUCAUACGGCGCGCCUGUGGGAGGUGGUCCGUGCGUCGUCGGCCGCCCCUGCGUACUUUGGCGAUUUCCCCCUGAACGGUCAGCUGCACCAGGACGGAGGCAUUCUGUACAACAAUCCGACGACGGUCGCCAUUCACGAGGCGAAAUGUCUCUGGCCAAACGAGCGCAUCCAGUGCGUGGUAUCGUUCGGUACGGGCCGCACACGCAGCAAAUCGAACGACGGCCAGAAGAUCAUCAGCCAGGGCAUACUCGACCAGGCGGCCCUGUCCAGCUCGUGGAAAACGAAGUUCUUGCGCAUUCUCGAUUCGGCCACCGAUACCGAGGCGACGCACACGGUGCUGAGUGAUUUGCUGCCUCCCGGGCGCUACUUUCGCUUCAAUCCGUAUCUGACCGAGUUCCUGUCGAUGGUUGAGGUGCGGCAGGACAAGAUAGCGCAGCUCGAGCAGGACACGGCCGCGUACUACGCGCGAAACGAGGAUAAAUUCGAACAGGUGGCCGAUCUGUUGCUGAAGGAGCGUUCGAUGGCACGCAAAGCGUACGACGUCGUGCGGAAUGUGCUCUAUCCUUAGCAGGGAAGAGAUGAAGGCGCGAUUCCAAAGAAUUCUCACUUUAGUAUUACCUCUACCACAGGGAUGCUUUAAAUGUUCAGCUGAACCUAUAGGUUGUCUCGUUAGAACAUACCUCAAUGCGUGUUUUAGUUUCAGAAGAUUUUGUUUUUAAUUCGUUUGACUCUUGCUUCAAGAAAGGAGAUUAUGUUAGUGAUUUUAGAGUUCAAUAAACGUCUCAAAGGUUGAGUAUUGACGAUCUAGCGGA